AUGACAGGAGGCCGUUCCGUACUUCGAUCGGGGUCAUCAAAUGGCGAUCGCAACACUAUUGUCGAAUGCAAGUGCAACCAAGCAGGCAAAGCGGCAAUUUUUGAAAUCGCAGCGCUAGGUAAUCCAAACGAGCUUCUCAAAUAUCUUGAAACUGGAUGGCUGCAUUUCCUUCAACAACAAGAAGACGUUGCCAGCGAACCACCCCCGAGUCUGCUGGAUGCAGAGCAUUCCCUAUAUUGGUCGAAAAGAAAAGACGUGUUUUGCAACCAAACACACUGCAUUUACAGUCCCAACUAUGCGACAUGGCAUCCUCUCCCAGAUUCCUACAGUGCCCUGAUAGCAGCGAUUCGAGCCCAAUCGCCAGGGAACGUUGAACUACUGCUGAAACUAGGAGCAAACUCAGACGGAUACCAAAUCUCAGCAUUCGAGACCUGGCAGGCGCUGUUCCUUCGCUUCCGAACGAAAAUCGACCUCAAUAAUCUCUGGGACGAUUACUCAAGAGCGCAAAUUUUGGCUGAUAUCCCAAGACAGCAGACGGUUCAUAUUACCGAAACAGAAGUAGGUUCGCGACUGUUGCUGGAAUUCUGGAAAGGAGAAGCACCAUCUUACCUUUAUGAUGACUAUCCGAAUUUUGGACAUCCGCUGGUUAUUGCGGCCGGGUCGGGACUUCUCCCAAUCAUGGACCAACUUCUUGCUACGGAUGCAGAUUGCUUGUUCUGGGUAGCUUUUCCUGCUCUACUAGACAUACCAGAGCCACCAACACCCUCCUGGCUUCAACCCGAAUGUCCUUCCGCUGGGGACAUCUGGAACAUAUGUACCAGCAUCACCCCUCUAAUGGCAACUUUCAUCCAAUGUGAAACUUGGAAUGAAACGGCGUACGAGGCUCUAGCGAAUGACCCACGCAUUGACUUCACUAUCCGCACCCCAUACCUCCUUGUCCACAUUUUACAUGUGGCGACAGCACAUUCCUUACAAGCUUUACAGCGCGUUGAGCGGAGUGUUCCCCUUGAAUAUGCUGGUGCAACUGCUGCAGGGCACACACUUCUUCAUAUUGCCUAUAUGUCGUCCAUGAUUCAGCACCACGCAUCCAAGACGCGUGAAUCCAUCUAUAAUCUCCGGUGUAAGCACAAAGGUCCAUCCUCAGUGCAUCUGUGCGAGUUGGAAUUUCCGGCUCAAAUGGAUUUGCUAAGGUAUCUCCUGUCUAAGGGAUUUGAACCAUAUUUAGCAUUCCAGGACUCGGACUUAAAUACUCCAAUGCACUAUCUGGCCGGGGCACGUGUUAUCAAUAAGGAUGCAAUCGUACUGCUUCGUGGGCUCUCGGAUGGUGAGUCGGAGAGGAUAUGGCGAGAGGUGAAAAAUUGGUACGGGUACACUGCCGAGGAGAUUUGGGAACAGAACCGUCGCGUAAGGACGCAAAAGGAUAGCUGGUAUGGGGGAACAACACACAAGGUGGCGAAAAUGCCAGGGCUACGUAUUUGA